AUGCAAAUCAGCUUCUCAGCUAUUGGCUGCCUUGGUGGCCAGGAGCGCGAGAGCCCUGGAUGCCCAGCCAAUAGAAGCUUCCUGGCCUUGCCCAACCCCUUUGUGGGUCUGCUUCUGUGCAUAAAGGCUGGGCCCCAGCAGGACAGUCCGGUGAAUCUGGCCCAACCCAAUGCUGAGCUCUCUGUUACACAGCUGGCCCUGGCUUUCUUUCCAAGAUGCUGUUUUGGCAUAACCAGCCAGAGCACCUAUGGCCCAGUCCCCGGAAACUGUACCCAGGGUCUCCGAGUGACUUGCUCAGAUGUGCCCCUGUCCCGAUGCUGCUCUCACCACUCAACACGGUGGAGUUUCAUUGGAACCUCCCAAUGUAGUUUGGAGUUUCAAGUUGCAAGUUGGAGUUUCAAGAGGAUCUCCCUCUUCCGAUUCACUGCAUCAGCACUGUGUUUGCUCCUUCCAAGAUGGGUGGAAAGAAAGGUGUCCCCUUCCACCUCCAGAUCCACAGCAACAAGGACCUUCCGCAGGCAGCGCACCUGCACUCUGCCGGCUGCCUCACCAAAGUGUUCAAGGGACAGAUCCCUGUGGCUGCAAGGCUGUUUGCCGCUCAGAGAGAAAACGUCCCAGUUUCUAGGCCACGGAAUAGAACAGAGAGGAAGUGCAGAACCCAGAUGGCUACUUCCUGGUUCUUACCUAGGCCCAGGGGCACACCGCUGCAAGAGCCGGAGACGGACACCACCCUGGUUCUUGGGGGCCCCACAUUCACCAGAAGCCUUGUUUAAAUCCUCAGCAGCUUCAUCGGGCUCAAGGUGAAGCGUCAUGUCCAACCCCUAGAGAGGAGUGGAGCAGCCCUCAGGCCCAUCUCUCUGCUGAGCUGGCCAAGGCCGUGAGGCACAGAACCUGCCCCUGUGGAGAAGGCGCCUUUGCCCCAAGCAGAGCCGCCCGAACACUGGGUGCAGGGGUUCAGGUUUAAAAUUGUAU